AUGGACUUUGACGAAUAUGAAUCGCUUCCUACGAAAAAUUUUGCAGUCCAUAUGACAGCAGGAGCUAUUGCGGGUGUUCUGGAGCAUUGCGUUAUGUAUCCUUUCGAUUCAGUUAAGACUAGAAUGCAAAGUUUAUCUCCUCAAGUAAAUUACAGUAAUCCUUUGCAAGGAUUAACAUUGGUCGUGAGGCAGGAAGGAAUGUUUAGGCUUUUCAGAGGUAUGAGUGUAGUGGUGGCUGGAGCUGGUCCAGCCCAUGCCAUGUAUUUUUCAAUUUAUGAACAUCUUAAAGAUCAACUACAAGAAUCCAGCAGUAAACCAUCUUAUGUCGCUGCCGGAAUUUCAGGGAUGAUAGCGACACUUUUUCACGACGGAGUAAUGACUCCUACUGAAGUUGUAAAACAGAGAUUACAAAUGUACAACAGCCCUUACAAAUCAAUUUUGGAUUGUGUUAGUCGCGUUUAUAAAGCAGAAGGAAUCAGGGCAUUCUACAGGUCGUAUACCACACAAUUGGCAAUGAAUAUACCUUUUCAGAUAGUUCAUUUUAUGACUUACGAAAGAUGUCAAAGUUUAACAAAUAAAGAGCGGGUUUAUAACCCGAUGGCUCACGUAAUAAGUGGGGCGGUUGCAGGGGCAGUGGCAGCAGCUCUGACAACACCUUUAGAUGUCGUUAAAACUUUGCUUAACACUCAACAGCAUAAAGUGAAAGGAAUGCUCGCUGGAAUCAACACCGUGUACAGAGUUAGUGGAAUUUGGGGUUUUUGGAAAGGGUUGUAUCCCCGAGUCGUUUAUCAGGUGCCUUCAACGGCAAUUUGUUGGUCUGUGUAUGAACUUUUCAAGUACAUUUUAACCCGUCAAAAAUUCGAAGUGAAGUGUAGCAAUAAAUCAAUAACACCGACCGUUCUAGUGUCAGACCGACAAAUUUCAUCUAAGUUAAGGCCCGUUUUACUUUUAUCAGAAGUUAACCUCGAGCCUAUAAAACCGUUAGAACAAAAUCAAGAAAUGGAAAACGUAUUGUCUGGAAGUUGCACUCUAACUAAUUUCGAUCCAGGUUGUUGGAGUAAUGCAAUACCGGAAUCAUUAGAAAAUGAUUCAGUAGGAAAAUGUAAAUGUAACGAAAAGACUUUACCACAGGAAAACCACGAAAGGACUACUAUUUUUGAAAAAUCAGAAUGGAGACCAUCCAUUAUAUCUGGAACAGAAGUUUUUGAGUAA